UUGGACAUUCGCGUGCGGACAGUGUAACGCAACGGUCAAAGAACGAACUUGGCAUUAAUGGUCUAAAGAGCAAUGAGGAAAGCUGCCGUAUUCCUCUUGUGCAGUCUACUGAUGGUCGCUGUAAUCUUUCUAAUGACCUUCUUCUUCCAAAUCGAUUCAGUGUCACUCUCGAAAUCGAACAAUGCGAAGCGCACGUCCACUACUACACCGGAUGCAACAGUAGUAACCUAUGUGACCAACAGAUCGAAGAACUAUUAUGUUAAUCCAAAACGCACAUUUAAACAUUGCAAUGUUGACUUCACAUGGGGUAAAAUGUGCCCCAAGCUAUACACAGAACUUGGAGGAAGAUGCGACUUGGUCAAGGGAACAUUUGAUUGCCCAGAUAUUCGUAAAUAUGCGCGAUUCACUCCUCGGCAGGCACAACUCGUUCAGACACGAAUGUUACGCAUCUUCGACCUCCUCGCUCGGAAGUACAAAAUCAACUACUGGAUUGCCCGUGGGACUCUUCUCGGGGCUGCGAGACAUCAUGGAUUUAUCCCAUGGGAUGGGGAUGCUGAUAUUGAAAUGCCUUUAGACGACUACGUGAAAUUUUUCCAGGUAGCAGCGAGGGAGCUACCGGACGACAUUUUCUUUCAAAACAGCAUUAGUGAUCCCGCGUUGAAACCGAAUGAUGCGAGCGGUUUCGACAACCAUGAAAUAGUUGGUAUAUAUGAAGUGACGUGGAACCCAAGACUUAGAGAUAGAAACAGUUGUUAUAAAUAUUGUAUCGCUUACGGCUGCAAAUGGCACGACGGUCUGAUGGUCGACAUGUUUAUUGUACCUAAUGUGGAAAAAUCCGCGAUGUACCCCUUGAAGCAAAUGGAAUUCGAAGGGUUCCCGUUAAAUGUCCAGAACAAUUGGAAACAGGUCUUAGUGUCCCUAUACGGGGAAAAUUGGUCUGAAUUUCCAACGGAUCAAUCACCAGAAGAGAAUCCAGAUGUAUUUCACGGUUGCGAGAAACUAAGAAAGUAUUCCUCUCUGAAGAGGAUUUUGACUCGCAAGUGGCAUACCUAAACAAUUGGAGACCAUUAAAGACAUUAAACGGAGCGAAUGCAUAACAGUUUGUCCUUUAAUUUAUAUUUUACACCGUAGAAGAAUGCGGUAUAUUUAAAAUCAAAACUACAAUGUACGGAC